UGCGCAUGUUCGUAAAAAACCGUGACGAACUCACGUUUUUGCUCAAGCGAUAUCAUCGGGCUCCUACGAGCCACAUGGACUCGCACAGGUUGCUCUGAGCGGCUCAAACGGUGCUCUGACCACACCGCUCGGGCUCACGCGAGAAGACCGCGUAACCAGAGGCUACACAGCGGCUGAGGACCGCCGAAGGCAGCAGCGACUGUUUUGCGCUCAGACGCCGGCGAACGUACGCUGAAAGGGAAAAGGAGAUAAACCAUGCUCGCCGCGCGGGUCCCGACGGCCAUAUCGCGCCAGGAUUUGAGUCGCCUCGACGCCGCGUCGCCGAGAAGAAGCCCGCGGCACCAGCGGAGGGCCGUCUGGGAAGACCUUUGGGACCGGGAAGUCGUGGCCUACGCUGUCGUCUCCUUCUGCUACGCCCUCGGCCAGAGCCUGUACGACAUCUUCCAGUCGCAGCAAGCCAAGCUCAUGACGUCGUCGUUACUGCAGCGCUGGUCGGUCUCGGACGAGGACGGCUACGUGGCGGCCUACGCUUAUGCUUUGCUCGUUUCGGCCUAUGCCUUCGCGAAGGCCGUGUCGUCGCCGUACGUGGGGUUCUUAUCAGAUAGAUUUGGGAGGCGGCCCGUGCUCGUUGCCACAUUAGUAUGUACGGCUCUAGCGUUGUUACUCUGCGGCCGAGCGACGACCUUCUCAGGUGUCCUAGCAUGUCGGCUCUUCACGGGCUGCGUCGCAAAUGGUGGGUUGUUGACGGCGAGAGCGACGGACAUGGCCACUUCGCACAUGAGACGAACACGAUUGUUCGCUUUAUUCACGACGUCGUGGGCGGUAGCUAGAGUGGUAGCGGCGUGCCUCAUGCGCGCCGUGAAGAUGGAGAUAGGCGGUGCGUGCACUCUCGCGUGUGGCUGCGAGUUCGCGGCGGCUUUGAUUGCCGCGCUGGCCUUCCGGGAGCAGGGGUUGAGUCCGCAGCAGAAGCCGCGGAAGAUGCCCGAACCGACCAAAACUAGACCGUCCCUGCGAGGUCUCGCACGCGAGGUGCUUUCCGAGAGAUUGGCGUAUGCGUUAUUCAUAACGGCCAUGCUGACGCCGCGCGUGGACGCCGCUUCUUUUGUGUGGAAGAGAUUUGGCGCGGGCCCGGAGGCCGUCGGUGUGCUCAAAGCGCUGGAGGCCGUGGCCGUCGUCGUCGUGUCAUUGACGCCCGCGGCACAGGCGCUCGAAGUCCGUUUUGGAGGUGCUGGGGCGGCCGUUGUUGCCGCUUGUUGUGUCUCUGGAGGGUGGUUGGGAAUUGCGGCGGCGCCGUCGAUGUCGUUGCUCUACGUGUUGGUGUUUCUUAGGAGUUGUUGCGCGGCUUUGUACGAUCCGGCGGCGCGAUCCUUAUGCUUCCAAAGGGCAACGUCCUCGAACCAGAAAAGCGGUUCUUUGAUGGGCAUCCAGAACAGCAUGAAGGGCGCCACGCAAGUUUUCGGGUCCUGGCUCGGUGCUUACUUAACGUCAUUGUCCGUGGCAUUGCCCCUCUUCGUCUCAGCAGCCUCGUCCCUAGCCAACGCGUUCAACAUCGCGGUGGAGUGCGCCGAGGAUGUUUUUGAUUCCACAACAAUAAAACACAAGAAGGACGACGACGCGUUCAUUCCCAAAGAUAUACUACCGGCGACGCCGUCGCCCAAAAGACGGCCGCGCGUGCGCUCGGGCACGCCGCCACCAGCUUCUCCGAAACUAGUCGUCGCCGAGGCCGUGUCGCCGCUGCCGCGCAUCCCCUCGGGCAAGCCUUCUACUUUCCUACCUACCGCGAGUGUGGAGGCCGAGGCCUGGCCGCUACGCGCGUUUUUUGAAGUUGGUACUUCCGGAGGGAAACGAGCACGCUUACUAUGCACGGGACCCACCCAACCCUAUAAACCGCGACGAUCAGCGUCGCCUGCUCUGAUUGGAGACGACGCAACAGAUCUAUCUAGAGUCUCGGUCCACGCCGUCGCCGCGUGGCUGCAAUCUCGAGGUCAGGCCUUCGCGGCCCAGCAGGCUCGGGCCGCGGGCGUCGACGGCACCGCGUUACAAAUAGGCGAGGCGGACGAGCUGCAUGAUGCUCUCGGCGGCGAGGUGUCCAAAUUGGUCUGCCGAGCGAUCUUGCGGGCCGCCCGGUCAAAAGCAGGAGCGCGCGACCUCCUCAAGUCCGUGUCGUCGGGCGAGGACUCUCCCACUUCUCCGUUGCUCAAGGGCGACGCUGGGGCUUUGUGCGGCCUGACGUCUGUCGGACGACGGCGGGCCUUGGAGCUGCGGUGCGUCGACGAGCCUCCGCAGUUAGUCGUGGUGGCGCCGGAACGAGCGGCACUCCAGACGGCGUUGCUAGCUUUCCGGCGGGGAGAACACGUAUCAAUGGACGACUCGCGGCGCUCGCGCGCGCUGAGCUCGGCGUCGGACUCGUCGUCGCGGAUGACGCCGCCGCCGUCUCCUAGACUAGCCUUCCGGCCCGUGGACCAGACUGGCGUUCCUCGGUUCGUCGCGCACGACGCAGCGAGAUAUGCCCCAGCGUCGGCGACGCGCGAGUUAAGGUUGGAGUACGGCGCGGUGGACUUUGGCGCCUGCGACGACGGCGUGGACGACUCUGACUCAAAUGAUCCGCGGCGGCUGGCGCGGAACGCCUACGCGUUGCUCUGCUUCGUGCGAGCUAGGCCGGAGACCGAUAUUGCGAUCGUGGCGGACGGCGCGGUGCUGGAGGCGCUCGUGAACGCGACGCGGGGCCACCGGGAUAGAUUGGCGCUCGAUCCGAAGGCGAUCCACGACUUCCGGCUGCGGUUCGAGGACGAGGGGAGCCUCGAGGACGAGGAGGCGAUGGAGUGGUAGUUGUAAUUCAUAGACAUACAUCAU